GUAUGUCCACAGGAGGCCGGCUGUCAGAGCGCCCCCUGAAGUCAGCCCCCCACUGUUCGGCCCGUCCUAUGUGGAGAAAUCGGGCUUUGGUGGCUUCAUUCCACAGCUCCCACAGUUGAAUUUGUUGUGGACUCGUGGGUCCCUGAUGGUUUUUACCAGGAUGGCCCGCACUAUGGAACCACUGGCAAAGAAGAUCUUUAAAGGAGUUUUAGUAGCUGAACUGAUGGGUGUUUUUGGAGCAUAUUUUCUGUUUUCAAAGAUGAACACAAGCCAAGAUUUCAGGAAAGCAAUGAGCAAGAAAUUUCCCUUCAUCUUGGAAGUUUAUUACAAAUCAGUUGAACAGUCUGGAAUGUAUGGGAUCAGAGAACAAGAUCAAGAAACAUGGUGUAACAGCAAAAACUAGGAGUGGAGAUGCUUUUCACGUCUCUGUUGUGCAGCCAGUUGUCACGUUCGGCCUCCCAUUUCAGCUGCUUGAGACCUUAGGGAAGAGAAGACCCGUGAGCCCCCGCGGUGUGGACUCGACUCCCAGACAGCAACCUGUGGUCUGCGUGGCUGCAGUGUCCCGCCCUCCGUGCAGAUCCACUGCUGGCAGCUCUCCAACUUUACUGUCAAAGGCUAAUGUUUUACCAAUAAAAGACUAAGGAAGGGAAAGGAACAAAUGGCUUAAAGAUUUUCUUUCCCUGGAACACUUUCACUUGUGAAAUAAAAUCAACAUCGGGAUCAAAUUACCUUUAGCAUAUAGUUACACAGCAAACACACACACACACACAUUAACAUAUAUACAUGCAUUUACACACACAUAUGUAUAUUAAAAGCAGAUCUCUGUAAAAAAAAAAAAUUGUGCCUGGUAUUCUUUGCUGUGGUCUAAAUAUUUCUUAAAGCAAUCCCUUCCACGUUGUAAGGCACCAUUAAAAUGAUCCUCCAAAAGUAUUUAUCUCCUAGUUCUAACUGAAGGCAAUUACAAAAAAUUCAAGU